AAAUAAAAAAUCUCAACCCUUCACCCACCCACCCACUCUCCAUCUCUCGAUCGUCUGAUUCUCUUUCGGCUCCCAAUUCGAUCUCCUUCAUCGCCUUACGUAGUUUUCAGGGCCGAAGAAGCUUUGGUUACUGCUUUCAUGGGACAAGAAACGAGGUCGAGGAGACUCUGCGACGAGUACGAGGUUUCUGACGUGCUGGGAAGAGGAGGAUUCUCCGUCGUAAGACGAGGGAUAACAAGAUCGAAAUCUGAAUCAUCAUCAACUGCCCAAACCCAUGUCGCCAUCAAGACCCUCCGGCGGCUGGGAUCGCCGAUCACGCCGCCUGCAGGCAGGAACAAUCGAGUUGCGACGGCUUCUUCUUCGGGUUUUCCGGCGUGGAAGAAACAGGUUUCAGUUUCCGACGCCUUGUUGACGAAUGAGAUUCUGGUGAUGAGGAAGAUAGUGGAAGAUGUGUCUCCCCACCCCAACGUCAUCCAUCUCUACGACGUCUGCGAGGACCCGACCGGCGUUCAUCUCAUCCUCGAGCUUUGUUCCGGGGGCGAGCUGUUUGACCGGAUCGUGGCUCAGGAGAGGUACACAGAGGUCGGGGCGGCGGCAGUGGUGAGGCAGAUUGCGAGCGGGUUGGAGGCGCUCCACCGGGCUAACAUUGUUCACAGAGACUUGAAGCCGGAAAAUUGCUUGUUUUUGAAUGAGAGUGAGGACUCUCCGCUGAAGAUAAUGGACUUCGGGCUGAGUUCGGUGGAGGAGUUCACGGAUCCAGUAGUCGGAUUAUUUGGUUCCAUUGAUUAUGUCUCGCCGGAGGCGCUUUCUCAGGGAAGAAUAUCGGCCAAGAGUGAUAUGUGGUCUUUGGGUGUCAUCUUGUACAUCCUCCUCUCCGGGUACCCACCUUUCAUGGCUCAGUCCAAUCGGCAGAAGCAGCAAAUGAUAAUGGCUGGUGAGUUCAGCUUCUACGAGAAGACGUGGAAGAAGAUCUCUUCUUCAGCAAAGCAUCUGAUUUACAGUCUCCUCGCCGUCGAUCCUCACAGAAGGCCCAGUGCCCAAGAGAUUCUGCAUCAUCCAUGGGUGAUAGGACACUCCGCCAAGGAAGACCAGCUCGAUGCGGAGAUCGUCUCGCGGCUUCAGAGCUUCAACGCCAGGCGCAAGCUCCGGGCCGCCGCCAUGGCCAGCAUCUUGAGCGCCAGCAUUUUGCUGAGAACGAAGAAGCUCAAGAGCCUGGUCGGCUCCUACGACCUCAAGCCCGAGGAGCUGGAGAAUCUGAGACUCCAUUUUAGGAAAAUAUGCGCGAAGGGGGAUAAUGCGACGCUGCCGGAGUUCGAACAGGUGCUGAGGGCGAUGCAGCUGUCGUCGCUGGUGCCAUUGGCGCCUCGAAUCUUCGACCUGUUCGACGACAACCGGGACGGCACGGUGGACAUGCGGGAAAUCAUCUGUGGGUUCUCCAGCCUCAAGAAUUCGCAGGGAGACGACGCUCUCCGCCUCUGCUUUCAGAUGUACGAUACAGACCGGUCUGGAUGCAUCAGCAAGGAAGAAGUUGCAUCCAUGCUUCGGGCGCUGCCGGAAGACUGCAUGGCAGUCGACAUAACCGAGCCGGGAAAACUGGACGAGAUAUUCGAUCGGAUGGACAUCAACAGCGACGGAAAAGUAACGUUCGACGAAUUCAAAGCUGCCAUGCAAGUUGAUAGCUCUCUCCAGGACGUUGUCCUCUCCUCCCUUCGCCCUCUUUCAUAAUUAAAACAACAUUAACUGCUUUCAUUAUUCCAAAAUUAUUUACUUCUCUCCAGACAUUUUUCUAUAGAUUGCGAUCAUCUGAUUAUCUCUCCUCUCUGUCCGUCGGAUUUAUAACAAAAUUCAUCGGAAUUAUACAUAUGGUACAUACAUGCAGGGCAGGAGACACUCUUUAAUCGUUGAUCACAAAUAAUUAUUAUUUUUAACAAUAGAUAGAUAGAUAGAUAGUGAUACAAUAUUCUCUAAAUCAUUCGAGCAAAAGCAGUCAAUAAUACAUUCUCGUUGUCUUUUUAAUGCAGUAAAAGUAUUUGUAUUCAUUGAACUAUGACUUUUUGGUAAGAUUAAGAUUAUUAUUAUGUAUUCUAAACCCUAAUCCAAAACUACUUAUUAAAUGGGUGCAAUUUAAAAAUUGUUU